AUGGGAAACUCUUCAACUCUACCCGCGACCACUGCGUUGCCACCACCAGCGAAAACGUCAUUUCCUGCAGUGGCUCCUCAACUUAGACCUGUACAAGUGUCCGCGCCUGCACCCUUUCCAGCACCAAUCCCCGCUCCCUUACCCGCGCCAGCGCCCAUACCCUCACCCUUACCGGCGCCGAUGCCACAGACAUCACCAUAUCCAGUAGCACCUGUCGUCCCGCCGGGCGCAUGUCAGGUUCCUCAGUGUACUUUCCCUUCAGUUUGCAUCACAGCUGAAAUCUAUCAAACGUGCGUCGCUCCUACGUCGUCAUCCACUGGCAACACCACUUGUUCAACACCUGGUCCGUGUCGUACCACCCUUACCAUGACAGCAACAGACAUAACAACUUUGACCAACACCCAGACAUCAACAAGCACCGAGGUUGCCACCAUUACAAGCACGGAUACAGCGAUACAGACAAGUACAGCGUAUGCCACAAAGACUUAUACUCAAACUGAUGUGUUGACUACUACAAGCACUGAGGCCGUUACAACCACUCAUCAUACCACAGAGACCAACACGGCUAUUUUGACCAGUCACGUACCUGUUACGAAAACUUUGACUACCACCAGUACUGAUGUGGUCAACACUACAAACAUUGAUACUCUGACCAGCACUGCAACAAUUAAUACUACCAACACUGCACUAGUUACAAGCACACGGUAUGAAACUAAGACGAAUACAGCUGUGGCGACAAGUACUGCAACAGUCACGUCCACUGCUGUUGUCAAAGCUACCACUACACUGACCACAACAAGCACUGGAAGGGCAACGAGUACCUUAGUAACCACGGCAACUAAGACAAACAUUGUCAACGCAACUCAAUAUGCCACUGAGACUCUAAAAAAGAUUUUGACUACCAUAGCAACCUCGACCAGUGUAGUUACAACAUGUAGCGCCAACUGUACUAUGAUAGGUAAUUUUAUUUUUAUUUUUGGAACAUAGUUACUUAUACCUAAGAUGUUUGCAGCCAACUGAAACGGAAGCGUUUAUUUAAAGUAUAAAUUCGUGCGCGUUCUGAAAGUCACUGGAAUUUUAUCACAGGCGCGCAGUCCAGACUUCUGUGGGAGAGAGCGUUUUUUUUGGCUGCUAUUUUGCAUUUUGUUGAUCUCAAAACUUUUGUUCAUUGUUUACUAGUAAAGGUAAUCAAAAACCACUUACCAUAUGACUACCUUAUGCUUUUUUCGGGGUCUCCAUGACAUGUCCAUCUUUUCGAAGAGCACUGAAUAGCAUCAAGUGUCUUGGAUGUGUCGUUAUGAUUUCUGACCUAACAUUCCCCAUACCUCGCGUAUGUUGCCAUUUAUCCAUAACAAGUAAUCGGUUUUGUUCUUUAAAAUUGUAAUUUUUCUUUUAGGACCUUCACCGACGUCUACAUCCUCUGUAACGCCAUCUGUAAUAGGAGAACAAGGCAAGCCAGUACUAUUAUUCUUGAAAAAAGGGAAUUUUGUGACGAGGUCAUAAAAAUUGCAUAAUUAGUCGUACGUUGGAUUGUGAAGUUAUGCAACUAACCAAUAUUACGAAAAGCAUGUGUUUUAAGUCAAUUUUGGGUUCUGUCGCUGUAGCAGCAAUGCUAAAGGUACUACACUGACGGGUAAAAAGCGGUCCUUUAAAGAAAUACCGAUAGAGUUUCAUUCAUUCAUUCAUUCAUUCAUUCAUUCAUUCAUUCAUUCAUUCAUUCACUUCAUUCCUUCCUUCCUUCCUUCCUUCCUUCCUUCAUUCAUUCCUUCAUUCCUUCCUUCCUUCCUUCAUUCAUUCAUUCCUUCAUUCACUCAUUUCAUUCAUUCAUUCCUUCACUUCAUUCCUUCAUUCCUACACUUCCUUCCUUCCUUCCUUCCUUCCUUCCUUUCUUCAUGCCUUCCUUCCUUCACUGAUUCAUUCAGUCAUUUAUUUAUUUAGGCCCCGUCAACAAGAAUCCGGAUAUUUUUGAAACUGCAAAUUAUUUUUAUGCGAAGAAGCCCUCGGCCCAAACGAAACCAGUGAAUCCACUCACCGAAACUGCAUCCUUUGGAAAGCGCUCUCCAGAGUGUUUUAAGGCCCCAUCCACACGAAUCCGAGUCAAAAAUAUGCUGAUUCAAAAAUGUCCCGAUUCAUGUGGACGUAACUUCAUUCAUUUAGUGCCUGGUCCCUUUCACUUUUUUUUGUAAUUCGAAAUUGCAAAUCUUCAAAAAAGGUAUGUCUGUCGUUUCCCUUUAUUCCUCAGGCACAUUUCACUUAAUCAUGUCAUUUUGAAUAAGUUAAUUAUUUAUGUGGCAUACAUGUAAAUGUCACGCUAUCUUCGAACACAGAGAAAUAGACAGAAAUCAAUGAUUAACAUUCGUCCGUGGGGUGCAAACACUAAGUUGAUUGAAUUAACCCAUCUAAGGUCCCGUCCACCCUAAUCUGGAUAAACUGAAACCGCACACUUAGGCCCCGUCCACACGAAUCACGAUAAUUUUAAAACUUCAUAUUUUUCACCCGGAUUGGUGUGAAUGGGACCUUAAACGACUCUGGAAAGUGGUUUCACAAUGAUACGGUUUCAUUCAAUGGUUUCUUGUGGACCAAAUGCGAGUCAAAGGCCGAGUCGUGUAAAAAAUUCAUAAUUAAAACAUGCGGUAUAUGAAAAAAGAUCCAACUUCGGGUUAGAGUGGAUGAGGCCUUAACCAAGUUUGACCGUAAAGCUUGUACCAGUGAUAAAGCAGUUGGGCGCUCAUCCAGACCUUUAGAUAUGUAAGAGGGGUUCCGGCCUCAACAGUAUUACAUCUUGUUACUGCGAGCUUUAGUUUGACCUUAAAACAGGGGCUCUCAACGACCGAACGUUUCCAAAUACGUCAGAGGUAUCUCAAAUGGUUUUCUGUACGCUUUGGAAGCCUGUUUGGUUGAUUUGGAGCUGUCUUAAAAACCAUUUAUGUGUUCUGAUAUCAUUUAAAACGUCUCAUUUAAAACUGACAUAGUUGAAUGAAAUGGAGUAGCCGUACUUUCAUCAAACUAAGAUUCUAUGGCAACAUUUGUUUUUAUAUCGAAAUUUUCAAGGGAUUUUUUUUAACAAAAAGCAAUUUCUUGGCGAUUAAAAGUGAAAAGCACAAUCUCCGAAAACUAAGUACGUAAAUAGAAAUGCUGAAUUUCUUAGGCAAGCGUCACAAUGAUCCAGACAUUUUGAGCCUUUCUCGAGUUUAAGGAAUUUGUUAGCAAUAUUUAAUCCUACUUUGCAAAUUACAAAUCUGGUACGUCGACCAACAAAGCUCUUCUUUGGUUCGAAAGUUAUCUUACAAACAGACAACAGUCCACUCGUGUUCUCGGCCCAACGCUUUUCAGCCGGUACAUGAAUGAUCUACCCGAAGUCAUCAAGUUUAGUAACACCGAAUCUUACGUUCAUGACACUAAGAUAUAUUUUUCGUUCGCGUCAAAGGACAAUAGGGAGUUUAAUUAAGAUACGGAGACUACGGACUACGAACUACGGCUGGACGAGCGUUGUCCUUUGUUUGAAGCAGUGGGUUGAGUCGUGCAAAUAUAGAACGUUAAGAUUACACUACAGACAAUAGACUACGAGAGUAGAGGCGGAGAGGGAAACAACACGCAAAGAUUUUUUUGUUUUCAUCACAGUUCACAAAAAUGUAAGUCAGUUUUGCAUGUGAUCUUAUCUUUAGAACAAUGAACAAAUUCUUCCAUACUUGAAGGAAGCAAUUACGUCGGGUGAAAUUGGUAAACAACGUUUUGAGUUACACGGGUUUUAUUUUUUCGCCCAUGAAUACUUGUGUCAAAUAUUAAAGCUCAUUCACUAGAUAUAGAAGAUGGACUUUUCCGACUACUGAUCUGAUGUAGUUUGAAGUAUUGAAAUGCCGAGUUUCGAUUGUCUCGAAGAUGUUUACAUCAUUUUAAUUCAGCAAAUGCGAUACAAAAACUCGCAUAAACAAAGGUUAGACAAGUGGAAAGACACACUAAUCAGUGCGAACAAACAUUGAAACUUUUCAAGUGCGAAGAGAAAGUAAAUUACCUGCAUGAUUUCUCUUCUCCUCGGCCGUCAAUCUGAAUUCUGCGUAUAAACAGCUAUGCGUCUUUAAAUAUGAGCUUUAAUAGCUAGGUAAAAAUGUAGUCACAACGGUGGAUUAAAAGCGUAAAUCUGAGCAGAUAUUAGACAAAACUUACAUAUUUCGCUUCCCCCUCACUUAAAGCAGGUGAAUUGAAAACUUUCUUACGAAAAGACGAGAUUCUUGAAUUAUCGAGACGGCAAAAUACGAGCAUAAAUGUUCUCCGUAGCCCCGACUACGGAAACAGCUCAACAACUCGCCGUAGCCGCAGGACUACGCGGGAAAAAUGAACAGUCACGUGGUUUUGAUCAUGCGAAGUAGCACGUUUAACCGUAGUCGUAGUCCUUAGUCGCCGUAUCUUAAACUCCCUAUUGAUUCAUGUCUACGCCAAGUUACUGAGGAUCUCAAACAUGUUUCAGAGUAGUGUUGCGCUAACCACCUUCUGAUCAAUCCUUAAAAAACCAUGUUUUUCCUGAUUGGGGUGAGGCAACUUAUCUCUAAGUUGCCUAGUAACAUCACCGUACCUUUCCUUGGUAAUUAAAGACGUAGUACCUGUAACUUCCGUCAAAGACCUUGGCGUCACAAUUGACUCGAACCUGACCUUUAAUGACCAUAUCUCUUCUGUAAUCACUAACCUCAUCUUUUGUCAACAUUAUAAAAUAAUAUAAUAAUAAUAAUAUAAAAUAAUAAAUAGAGUAGGACACUUGUUCUCUAAAGAUGUACUGUGCAUAAUCCUUUUCCCCUAAUAUUUAGCCAACUGUUAUACCGUUCGACAGUAUGGUCUGGAACUUCUAAAGAAAACCUCCAUAAACUACAACUCAAGCAAAACCUUACCGGCCGAGUACUUACUAUCACAAAAAAGUUUGAUGACAUUACACCAGUCUUACAUGAACUUGGUUGGCUCACCAUCGAGGGGCUACUAUCCUUACGUGAUGUAACUAUGAUCUUUAAAUGUCUCAAUGGUCUUGUGCCCAGCUACUUUAGUACUAACUUUGUAUAACGCUCAGAAACUCACUCUUAUUGCACUAGAGAGAACAAUCAACUUAACCUCUCUCAGUGCCGAACCUCCGCCGCAUAGUGUGCCUUCCGUUUCAGGGCGUCUAAAUAUUGGAACAGUCUUCCCAAUGAUAUUAGAAACUCUGCCUCUAUUGAGGUAAAAGGAGUGCCAGGCUUGAGAUAAUCAGAAGGCGGAAAUAGAAAAUUUAUCUAUAUUUUAUUGAUCUUUGUAAUUAAUUGUUUAUUAGCUUUUUAAUUUUUUAUAAUUGUAGUUCUAGCAUUCAAAUUUAAUUGUCUUUUAUACAAUAUGUAAUUUUUACCUAUUUCGCACAUUAUACUUAGUGAAUAAUCUUGUAAAUUAAUUCUGAAAACCCAACUGAGAGAAUUAUUAAAUGUAUUGUAUUGUAUAUUUGCUCCUCGGAACAGUUAUUCACAGACAAAAGUCGUUGGCUGCCCCUGUUAAAAUAAAGUGAGCUCCCCGCCAGUCGGGCCCCUUCCCUAGAUCCAUCAUUAUAUACGGUAAUGCCAUAUAGAUAAAUAGAAGUUUUUUACUUAAGACAGGUUGCACCACCAACUAUACCAAACUCGGUUGUUUCAAAGAUGGAAGGAACCCUCGACCAUUACCUGAGCUCCUUUUUACUGAUCGCGAUGCCCAAAGCAAGGUAUCGAGUAAUAAGACCAUCGACUGGAACAACUGGGAUACAUACAUAGUUGACUUGGUUUGUAGAUGUGCUAACGCGGCAAAGGCUAAGAAGUACUCCCACUUUAGCAUCCAAUAUUUUGGUAAAUGUCAAUAUUAUUGUUAAAAUCGUAGUGAUUUCCUUUUAGCAGAUUAUUAAACUGAGAUAAUUAAGCCUCAAGAAUUUAUAUGAUGGUUAAAGGACUUCCUGAUGAUGCCGCGACAACACAGUCGGUAUAAUCCAAAUUUUUGCCCUUCCUUUUUUCCUAACCAAACCUUAAACCGACUAUUUUGAAUCUCUAAAAGCUAAUUACCGUCGGUAUUUACUCGAAAAACCACGUCAGCGCGUAUUAAGAUCCUGGAUUAAAUUUUUGCCGUUUCGACUCUCAUUCGGCUGCCGCGUUUAUUCAAAACUAAGUGUUGAUGCAAUCAACAGUAGUACGUUAUCUUUCCACUUUUUCGAGGUUUUAUUGUAAGAAGACAACAACACAGCAUUGUAAGCAACAAGAACAUUAAAAACAAUCAGCAUUAAAAAUUUUAGAGGUGGGGAGCUUCGUUUUGGUUAUUGCGAAAGAGCAGCCUCUCGUCUUUGCGAGGGGGCAGCAUAUUAAUAAGGUCGUGCGCGAAGGUUCCAAGGCAGAAAAAUGAAUCUCGAAGGGGUGUGACAGAAAAUAGUGUAAAGAAAAUUUUAUGAAGUAAUGCAGAAAAGAGAAUAUAAGGAAAAGUAUACAAGGUAAAGUCAGUAUUUCUAAUUCGUUUUUUGAGAGGAUUCGAAGUUCGCUUAUAAGACCACUAAAUUUUACGCAAAAUGACCUGUGUGUAACUUCGGACAAUGACGAAUUUCAAUAUCUCGAAAAACUUGCUAUGUAAAGUUGGGAUUUCAAAUUCUUUAUGCAGUACAUCAGUUCCGUUCACUGUUUUUAUGUUAAUUUUUGCUUAUGCAAUCGAAUAGUGUUCCAACUAUUUUUUGUAAAUUAAGGUAAUUCUUGACAUUUCUAAACAAAUUGAACAGGGCGCGGGUAUAGGUAAAAUCGUUGCUCGUUGGCACUUAGCGAUAACUAUAAUUAGUUUAGUACUAAUGGUCUUACAAUAAACACGGGCAGUUCUAAGUUGAAUUACGUUUCUCUCGAAAACAAACUAACAGGUUUUUCUACCAACGAAAAUAAGGUUAGCAAUGUUAGCGUUGGAUGUGUCAUUGAAAAAGUUGAACUUCUGUUAUGUGUUUUAAACGAUUAAUGGUGGAGAUGUUGAGAGAACAUUUGAACAGGGCUCCUAAAUGAUUAAUUUAAUGUUCAUGUUAUUAUGUGUUUUGCUUGAUAGGUGAGUGUUGGUCUGGACCAGAUGCCGCCGAGACAUACGAUAAAGAUGGCCCGUCUGAAGAAUGCUUCACGAAAGGUUCUAUGCAAAAAUGUAAUGUCACUGAUAAUGUAGAGUGUGUUGGCGACCUUAACACCAAUUUCGUCUAUGGAAUCAAUGUGAAAGGUAAUUACAACUUUUCCUCGGAAUUCCUAACAUAAACUCGCUGAUCGAAUAUCAAACGAGCACCACUACUGAGAAAUGUUAUGGACUAGGAGCAACCUCUCCAUUUCGAGGGGCAAGCGAACUGAUCCUUUCUUUCCCUGCUCCUUGCUCUCUCUUGCCAAAUGUGCGUGACUACUCUCGAUAUACUAAAUGGAGAGCUUGCUGGCAGGCUCGAAAUGUUAAGAUUUCCAUCAUUGUGAGAGAUAGUUGCAUCGUCAUCAUAAUGGCUUUGUCAAUUCCAAGCGUGUCCUUCACCCCAAAGACAUUUGUCAAUUGCUGACACCUACUUUGACUCUCGACAUCUGCGCUGAAGCGAACAAACCAGCUUUAUAGCUGUGGGGGGAGGGAGGCGAGACAAAUGGAGGGACUGUCGUAACAUUACUACUAAUGAUCCCUGCAGCUCACUUUUACGGAGCGCGUUGUUCCAGCAACGCUGACAUUUGAUUAGUCAUUAGAAAAUAGGUGUUAAUUUGUGUUGACCGGCAACAAGUUGCCAACACUGACAAGUCUAAGUGUUCGCCUAACUUUUAAUUUUUUUUUUUUUGGAUCUUCAUCUUUUUGGGCCAACGAAACUGGUGGAGGAAUAUAUUUAUUUCCGAUUGGCGUGAAAUAGGGCAGACUUUUCUUGACCUUUCAUGGAGGAGGUAUGAUGAUAAGACCGUUUGCUCGCAAGUAUUAUCUUCAACCCGAUGCUAUUGCGAAUUUGCAAGGCAAAUUUUGCAAACACACGCAGGAUUUUUGGUAUUUUGAAGAUCAAUCACGCAAGCCCAAUGCUUUUGUUGCAGCCCGGCCAGGGAAAUGUUGUUAUAUUCCAGAAAUCUAGGAGUUUUGAAUAAAGAAACAUUGUUUUUGCCAAAGGAAUUGAAAUGAACGCUACAAAUAACGUGUCAGAAAUUCAUGGCUUUUUAUCAGGAGUUUUAAUCAUUUUAAUUGGUGUUGAAGAGAGCAGGCUUUCACGUAGAUUGGGGAAUGUUCAACUGUGUAUGUUUUCCGAUUUUAUUUGGAAAAAAAUGUUUUUCUAGUCACUGUAUUUAUAAUUGCUGUUUCGAAAGGAGAUGUUUGCAAACAUGCGAAAUCGAAGCUAAAUGUGUCGGGUAUGUUUUUGACGGUAAGGAGAGGUUUGUUAAUUAAUGACUGGUAAUAAGACGUGAAAUUCCUGUCACGUCCCCUGCCCCUCAAAAAGACAACUUUGAAGCCAAUCUCGCCGUCACCAAUCCUUUACUUGGCUCUCCGUCCAAGUAGUAUACUUGUGACCCUCUUGUGAAUCCAGAAUUUAUGCAUCUAACCACUUACAUAUGCAAUUCAUCCCAAACAGAUGCUUUUUUCUAGGUUUUUAACAGCGCUUUUUCCUUCAUUUCCAGCACCAAAACCUCGUAUUUCGGAAGCAACUCCAUCGCUUCCAUCCUUGACGGCCGUUACCACGCCUCCGCCUGUAAUCAGUGAGUUGCCUGUCGUACAGACAGGGAGAACAUUUAUAUUAAGAGGCCUUCAAUCAUGAUCUUAAUAGUUUUAAUUUCUGUUUUUUUAAUCCCAAUAAAUAAAUCUAUUGCUGUCUCCAACAGCUACAGUGUAGUUCACAUUAUCAGGAAAUAAUUUAUGUUGACACUUUUUUGAUUCUUUCCUUCUCUUUGCUCAAUUGGAAAUGAACGUGACUUGGCGAUCUGAAGUAAAGCAUCGAUAGCCUUCUAUUUUGUCAUCCCAUUCUAAAAAUACUCUCACGCCCAGGUCUUAGCCAAUAGCUAAAGGAGAAUCAUUGUAUUGCUUUAUAUUGCAGCUUUUACUUAUUUGCCAAUAGGCUAAGCUAACACUGAAAACGCUUCAAAUUUUUACUUCGAUGGGUGGUACAAGAUUUAUAAUUUAAGUUAUUUUAGCAACUGCUAAAUCUGUGUAUCCAGAGUGGGACUGUCAGGUUUUAGUUUAAGGUUCUCUACUCUGUAUAGCAGCGAAAGUCAUUUCAAAUGGGACAUCAUGCAAAACAAUCAGGUAUCGGUAAGUAAGGUUAAAUGGUCUUCCCUGUUCAGUAUAUACUGUACACAAAACAAGUGUCCGUACCGUUUGAUAAAUGUAAAUCUCGUACAUGUGUAAUCAUGAAUCAUGAACCCCAAGGUGUUAUCAGAAAAUAGGACUACAUUAGUGCUGAAAGCACAGAAAACCCUAAGAAACCAAAUGAUUCGAAACUCGAUGUUCCACGUAUCCUAACCAUAUCACAAAAAGCCCUCGGCUCCAUAAUCACUAUUUCUUUUUUUAUAAUAAGGUAUUAUUAUUAUUGUUAUCAUUAUUAUUAUUAUUAUUAUUAUUAUUAUUAUUAUUAUUAUUAUUAUUAUUCUUGACUCGAUUUUGCUUGCAGUGCCUACUCCAACUCCUUCAAGCACACAAAUCAUACCUAGUACUUCAGCUGCACCUCCUCCCAAUAUCUUAAAAGGCAAGUUAUUUUAUUAUGCGAAGAAGCAAGUGUCUAAAAUUACAACAACACCGACCACUGGAAGAUGAAAACUGGUAUUUGUAGAAUAUCUGCUAGAAUAAGACAGGAAUUUUACAUUUCCAAUCGAAAAUUAGUUGUUCAGUACUGCAAUUAUUCUCCAAAUAGCAGAUGUCCGUCGAGUUGUCUUGCUGUUCUUGUUAUGUUUUUAGCUAAUAGUUCACUUAUUUCUUCGUUGUGAGACGAGUGAAAUGUUCCGCCAUUUUGUACACACUACCAAGGCAACUCAAUCUCGUGCCCUGGUCGUCUCGGUUAACAGCUCAUUUUUCUGGCAAUUAUUCUGCACAGUUGACGUCAUUUUUCACAUUUCGUAAAUAGCCCAUUUUCACGAUGACACCAUUUUACUACUACGACCAGAUUUCUUCAGAGUUUUGCUUUCUUGUGCAAAUUAGGGCUUUUGUUAUUUAAACCUCGCUGUGAUCACAAAAUUUAAAUAUGAAAAGAAAAACGAAAAGGGUUCUGGUCGUAGUAAAAUGACGCCAUUGUGCAAAUGGCCUAUUUGGUCGACAGCAGCUGGUAGUGAUGAAUUACGCGUGGAAUUUUAGCCAAUCAUAAACGGGGAAAUAUCUUGAGUAAUUAAUAAUAGCAAUUAUUGUUCACCGUUUUGUGGAGGAUGUAAACAAGUAACGGCAAAAUUGUUCUUAGGAAUUCAACUCCAGAAGAGUUCGCCUACAAUUGACAAAGUAAUUAAAUGAGUUGGAAUAAACACAAUGGAGAUUGGAAGAUCGGCAAUUCACUUUUGAAGCGACGUUUUCGCUGCUUUCUUCGCCAUCAGAUCUUUAAAAGGUCCCAAAAUGUAAAAUUAAGGCUCCUAAAUACAUUAAACACCCGCAUAUAAGAACAAAUGGAUUAAGAACAUCAGGCUCAAAUUUGGCCCAUAAAACAUUAUAUCUAUAAGAACCAGCUCAGCCUGAUAAAUUAAAUUGUUCUUAUAUAAUAGGAAGAGAGUGUCGGAAUAAGGAAACAAAAUCAGUGGAACUUAUAUUUAAGUAUGGUAGUCUGUUCGACAUUACACGAAAGUUAGAAAGACAGCCGAGCUGUCUAAAAGUUCUGUCAAAUGCAGCUGCUGUGGUAAAUCAUUCAAAGGCAAGCAAUAUCUUGACAGCCACGUGAAAUUUAAGCACUGAUAGCCGAGAAGGGAUCACAGCAGGGCUCAAGAUUUGGAAAUAAUAUGUCCUCUAACAUCGACAACUUGCGCUCGACCACCUCACCGAAUGAGGCAGAUGCUUACAGUUCACAUCUGCUUGAAGAUCAAUCGUCGGAAUCCGUUCCUAUUGCUAACUAAACUUCUAGAAACAUGUUAUCUGUAGUAUUUUUGAAAUAAGAACAUAUUAAGAACAUCUUUAGGUUGAUUUCCCACCAAGUACCCGAUAAAUAAGAACUAAAUCAGCUUUAAUCCCGAAACCAUGUGUUCUUAUAUGCGGGUGUUUACUGUAUACUAAUGUCUUUUCCAUUCUUUAAGAUAGGUUGUAACAUCACAUAUACCAAAGUCGGCUGUUUUAAGGAUGACAGAAAGAAGAAAAGGCCAUUACCUGAUAUUCUUUUUACUGACCGCGAUCCUUCAAUGAAGAAGAAGUGGAGCGGGUAUAGAAUCGACUGGAAAAACUGGGAUGAAUACAUAGUUGAUGUGGUGUGCAGAUGUGCUAAUGCGGCAAAUGCAAAGAAGUACUCUUAUUUCAGCGUCCAGUAUUAUGGUGAUUAUUUCUCAGUGUUCACUUGUUCCUUUUACAUUAUCAAUAAUUUUAAACUAAUCAAACCUUUAAUACCACAAGUCAGUAAACCUGGAGAAUUUUGCGAAAGUGGCCUCUUUCAGUCACAGUCCAAUCAAAACAUGUUUGCAUGCAAAUUAGUUUUGGCGUAGAGCAUUAAACCUCUUUGUUUUAGGCCUGUUUCAAAUGUCGAAUUGCCUUUUUAUGUGCUUAAUUCAAUGCCUAUGGAGCCUAUUCACAUGACGUCACGGCGGCCAUAUUGGUGUUCCAAAACAAUGAAACGGCGGCCAUAUUGGUGUUCCAAACAAAUCCUGAGGGAGUUGAACUCUUUUCAUAAGUAAAAAAUUUCUUUUUUUCCCAUGAAUUUGCCUAGAUACUGGGCACGUGGGUGAAUACGUGUUAUAAAGCGUUUUCACUCAAGUGGCCAGAAUCUAUGCAAAUUUUUUGAAAAAAAGGAAAGCGUUUGCAUAAGAAAGGAGUUGGCCGCCGUUUCAUUGUUCCCAAAACAAUGAAACGGCGGCCAUAUUGGUGUCCCAAACCAAUCCUGUGAGAGUUGAACUCUUUCCUUAUGCAAACACUUUUUUUUGCCCCAAUAAAUUUGUAUAGAUGCUAGCCACGUGAGUAAAAACGCUUUAUAAGGAAAAUACAUUAUUUUCGCAAAUAGCCCACGUUCGAUAUAUUAGAAUUCUAAAAAUUCUAACAUGACUCCGAGGCUUUCUGUUAAUUUUUUUGUAUUUGGAUUGGUUUUCUUUGCUAUCAAGUCUCUUCUGGGAAUUGCGAGAGAAUGGAGUCGGAAAAAAUUUGCAGUUUUGACUCUAAAUCUCUGAGUCAUGUUAGAAUGUUAAUAGGGCCAUUUAUACGAGGAAAAAUACGACCAUGUCGUUCUAAGACGAGAACAGCUCGUAUAAAUGGUUCGCGUCUUAUUUCUGUUCUUGACUCGUUUUCCUGUGAAUGUUGCCUGUAGCAUCGGCAAUCCAACGUGGCGCGCCAGAAAUUAACGCAUGCGUAUUAUGCGUUCGCGUCUUAUGUAAGACGCGAAGGUCAUUUAUACGAAGAUUUUCUCGUCUUAGCUAAGACGCCUCUUCUCUAAGGACAGGUGUUAAGGGCUGUUCUAAAAUAAGACGCGUCUUAGCUAAGCCACGUCUUAUCUUAGACGAGAUGAUCGAAAGUUCGCGUCUUACUUAAGACGCGUCCUAUGUAAGACGCGUCUUAUUUUUCCUCGUAUAAAUGACCCUAAUAUAUCGACCGUGGGCUAAUAUCAUUCGGCACUUGUGAAGUAGGAUGUUUUUAGGGCUUUUAAAAGGUAUAUGCAAUUUUUGUACUGCGUCAGGUUGGCAUAGGACCUCGUUGACUUUUGCGUAAGGUGAACAAAUUUUGUUCAGUAUAUAUAUGGUCAAUAUACAUGAAACAUUUAUGAGAUUAUGAAACUCUUGUUAGGUGAAUGUUGGUCUGGACCAGAAGCCGCUGACACAUAUAACCGAGCUGGCAAGUCUAAAAAAUGCGUCACGAAGGGAGUCAAUGUGCCGUGUAACCUCAACGAUAAUGUAGAAUGCGUUGGCAAACAAAACACCAAUUUCGUCUAUUACAUUACUCCUAAAGGUAACUCUGUUUGUAAAAUAAUCAUGGUCGACGCACCUUAAGGUGUUUCGAUACAAUUUUUCCCCCAAUUUUUUUUCAUUCGAUUGGUAGCAGAGCACCAUGGGUAAGAAAAUCAAGUAAUCUACCCAUCCGAGAAAAUUUGGUAAUCACGUAACCAUACGCCCGCUUGUCCGUCCCCCCGCACCACAGGACAACCAAUGUAAAAUAACUCAAUCAAAAGGUAUGGUAACCCAAAUGCAACUCGAGGUUAUUUUGGCGGGAAAUCGCGUAACCACCGGCGUCUUGUAAAGCCGAGACAACUAAAGAGUCAAUAAAGACGAAAACGGAAUGCGGAAAUUGUUUCUGUAUCCGUGUUGUCUAAAGUAUUCAGCUUAGAUUAAUUGUCAUGUCCACAAAUUUGGAAUAUAGAGCAAGAGAAAGACAGAGAAAAAGAGAAAAGAGGCGGUUGUUUUUACCUUUCUCCGGCGUUGCCUUCGCCGCUUAGCAUUACACGAUUUUAUAUUUUGUUUUUGAACGAACUAUGAAUGUUAUCGAGAGCUUCGCUUUAAGCCCUGGCUACAUGAUCUAUUGAGUAAAAUCCAAAAAGUGGUCUAUUAUUAAUGCUGCGUUCUGAUUGGUUGAGCUACUACCUAAGAAUUAUUCCUCGAGCCCGAAUGGGCUCCUAGUCAAUAGCCCAUGAGGCCGAAGGCCGAAUGGGUUAUUGACUAACAGGCCAUGAGGGCGAGAGGAAUAAUUGUUUUAGUAAAAUCCAACUAGUUGGUCAAAAAUAUCGAGAAUAAAAAAGGUUUAGCUAGUUAAAGCUAGACUUUAAUCCUUUUUUGCCGCCAAAGAGCCUGCACUUUUCGCUACUAGUGGGCUAUAACAUAUAGCCUAGUAGUAGCUCAACCAAUCAGAACGCAGCAUUGAUAAUAGACCACUAGUUGGAUUUUAUUAAUAGGCUAUAUGUUAUGGCCUACCUAGUAGCGAAAAGCGCGCGCUUUUUGGCGGCAGAAAAGGAUUAAAGUCUAGCUUUAACUAGCUAAAAUUUUUUUAUUCUCGAAAUUUUUGACCAACUAGUUGGAUUUUACUAAAACAAAAAAUCAAAUCUCCGUAGGGCUUGGUCUUGGCCUCUUCCGCAAGGCUCUUACAUGUAGCUAACCAAGACAGGUUGAGUGUUUAAUAUCUUUCCGUUCAUUAGAAUCUUGGAACCGUUGCACGUGAACAUAGUGCACAUGGCUUCCAUUUCCUAUUGACCACUCCAGAAUAUACCAUAACAUAUCAUAUAUCUUUGUUUUUCUCUUUGUUUGUCACCCCGAAAUUUUGCAGAAGCAUUUUUUUCAGUUUCUCCCGGGCCAUGUUAACUCCCAAGAGAAACUGAAAACAAUACUUAUACUAAAUAUUGGGGUGACACACAUAGAGCAUUAUGGUAUGUUAUGGUAUUUUCUGGAGUGGUCAAUUGGUCAAGUGCGUUCUCAAGUGUGGUGUAGACCACACUUGGCGACGAACUUCGGCUUUUUUGAACUACGAACGUUUCCGUGGUCACCCAGUAAAGUUGAAGUGGGCACAUUUUAACCCUUCACACUCAAAAUAGGUUCCAAGUACACUUAGAUUAUACUUGAUAGCUCUAGUGUAAGGCCAACAAUCGACAAUAUUCGCACCGAAAUGUACUAUUCAUGGAGGUAUGUAUGGUCCGCAUUUAUUUGGAAAAAUUAGCACAACGUAACAGUAAAUGUUUUAACCCGGAGUUUUGGGCGUUUCGUAGGCCAAGUUUGUAAAAAUUACGUGAUGAGGUUUAAAAAGCAUUUUGUCAAGCUGUUCAAGAGAUAUACAGAAAAGCGUUAAAAGUCAAAAUUUAGAAUAAAGCUGCAUUUAGACAAGUGGUGACAGAAAACAGUUGAGUUUUCAGGAUCGUAUGAAAGAAAGUACACCAAAUUUUCCAAGCAGCAAAAUAUGAUAUUUGUAAGCAUUCUGACGCUACUUAGGAUUGAUUUGAGUUAUUUAGAACUUUUUCUAUGAAAAAUAUAUCACGGCUAUUGAAAAUGUCAGGUUUGAAAUAUAUUUACGUUUAAUUUGAAUUCAAACAAACGGAAUUUUUUAUUUCUCGCGGAGGUUAUUUGCUAAAUACCCCGUUUUAAGUUCCUGGUGUAGGAUUUUCAGUAGCAGGUGAAGAUUUCGCAAAAUUCGGCUUUUAUCGAUUUCCAUUUUUUUUAUUGUUGACACACUGAUAUUGAUUUAACUUAAAACUACAUUUUGACAAACUUCAAUGCAAAAUCAGUUAGUGGUUAAAAUUUCAUAGCGAUUGGAUAAGAUCACUUUUAAGGCGAAUGAAAAAUAUUGGUAUGGUCUCCAAAAAACUGUAUCGAAACACCCUAAGUAGUCGGGUAUUUAGAAACUAAAAUACCAAACUACAUGCAACACUCGCGUCACAGGUAAAACACUUGUCACAGGCACACCACUCGUCACAGGUACAAACAAACGUUAGAGAAUCAACACUACAGGUAGAAUAAUAACGCGAACGCCAAAAUGAGAAUUAAUUACCUUACAACUCUCUCAAAUGGAACGCACAAAAAUUUGGCAAAGCAUUGUUUUAGAUGUUUUUUCUUCAUAUAUGUCCCAAAGAUUGACCCUCUUCAUAGGCGACUAACAGGAGCACGUGAUCAGUUAUUUAAAGAUAACUGCGCACAAAAAUGGCUAAGAUGCAGCGGAUUGUUCGGAUAAAAAAGACAGAAAAAAUGAAGAUUAAGCCGUCAAACGGAUAUGUUUUUGGAUAUGUUUUUUAUUAUGUCCAGGGCUCAUAAACCGCGUUUACGGUUCAUUUUUAGUGUCACCUGAACUACCUGCAGGCCAAACAGUACCUCCAACCCUGCCUGUCACGUUGCUUCCUCCGGUGUCGAAGGGUAAGUAAAAAAUGGAGCUUAAGUGCCAGUUGGUUUAAACAAACGACUUGUAGUCUGAUGUGAUAAAUUCAGUUACAGAUUGCUCGAGACUGUAACGAAAGUACUCUGAUAGACUGUUCAGAGUCGCCUAUUUUCCCGUAAGUUCUUAGAGAUCGACCACUUUGCUUUGACAGGCGGCCAUAAAGCAAGAUGGCCGCCCGUAUCUCUCCUGACGAUCUUACGAAAAAAUAGGGGACUGUGGCAGUCUAGCACUCUGAUAGAACACAAUACAGUUUUGAAAGGGCCAAGUAAAAGCGGUUGUACUCUAGUAAGAAAUGUUAUUCUUUCAAUUUUGUUUGAAAAAAAAAAAAAAGAAAAUGGAUUUUCCAGGGCAAUACUUUUGAAUCUGCUAUGUUCUCGACAAUAUUCUUCAAUCCGCUUUGUGCUGCGCCUGUGUUCCUGUGUAUUGACAUAAACCCUCAAGAAAGUGUUCAUGUAUACGCCCUCACGUUCUUAAGGGAUCUAGCAGUAGGUGAUGCGUCAAUAGGUAUGACGUCAGAGUUUUCGAAACUUGCCUUGCUGCGGUGCACAGAAAACACACGUUCGCGAGAACGUUUUAGAAACUUCGGGUCUUUAUCUUUUUAUUGUGGGGUGAAGUCCAAAACGAAUAAAAUUGUAUGUUCUUUUUAAACCAAACCAAUUAGUGAGAAUAGCGUCUUACAUCUACUCUUAAAUAUUCUUUGUUGUAUUAUAGUUUGCAAUAUAAAGUAUGAAAAAGUUGGGUGUUUUGUCGAUAAGUUGGCCAACAGCCAAGAGCUUGCACUGCCGGAAAAGAUUCUUAACGAAAACCAGCUGGUUAAAUGGGAUAAAUGGAAUUCUUGGCUACCAGAGUUUGUCUGCAGGUGCGCCAAUAUAGUCCACAAAAAGAACUACCAGGUCUUUGGGAUUCGAAACUUUGGUUGGUAUAUUUGUAUUUUUAUCUUGUUUUUCAUAAUACGUCAAAAUAAAUGUUUUGAACCGUCUAAAAUUCGAAACAAGCCAAAAAUCAAACAUCUCCUUUAAAGCGCCUUGGUAAAAAGCUAUGGUAAGUUAACAUCGACUCGCUUUAUUCAUAUCACACAAACCUGAUUAGAACGAGCGAGAUCAAAAGAUUUUGCUAAUUAAUCGUGGUGCUAAACCCAAAAAACCAUCGCUGUAUAGCUGGCGAUAGCGAUCAUAUCUGAAUGGAUCUUAAGUUCAAGUUUUAAGCUUCAAGUUUACUUUGCAAAACAGAAAAAAAAGUUUUACAAAGAGUGUUUUACAAAGUAAGAGUUUUAUAAAGGAGAAAAACGUAAGUCAAGAAAAGAAAACAAUCUUUACAAUUGCAUAUAUGUGCUUACAAACGUAAAAAAGAAAGAAAAGAAAUAAUGGGGGUAUCUUGCAUGAUCUACUUUUUGUUAUUUAAUCCAGUUUAAGAUUAACCAUGAUUUUGUAAUUAUCUACAAAGUUAUCUUCGGUUUUCAAAAUAUAUCUAAUGCUCCGCAGUCCUUUAAGUUAUUUAUAUAUAUUUUUUGUAAGUUGUCAGUAUGUGUCAAGCCCUCCCAGUUAUAUGCCCAUCAACAUGUACAUGCAAACAAAAACACAUCUCAUUAUAGCCCCCUCCAGGAUAUUAAUAGAGACGGAGUUUAAGCUCCACGUAUACGGCAAACGGCAAACGUCAGAUUCAAGCUGAGAAUUUCUUCUUUCUGAUUUCUUGAGCUUUUUGACAAUGGAGUAUUAUUCUCCUUUCAUUAUUCGCGUAUUAGGCUGGUGACUGUUCUGUUCUUGGUAACCAUUGUGUUUGAUGAGUUAAGACCAAAUGUCUCGUGUAUUCACACGAAACUGAUCAUUGCUUGUCGUGUUUGCUGCGGGAGCAAGAACAGUAAAAAUGUUUUAUUUCGCUCGAUAAUGAUAUCAUUUGAAAAUAAGCGUCUCGACUUGAAAAUUUCCUGUAAACAAAGUAAUUCACUUUGGACCAUGCUGAGAAGCGCUACCUACUUCUGAUUGUUGACGUCAUCGGAUUAGUUAGGAAAUUGGCAGGUGUAAUACAAAAAGGCCAGCUCUUAUGGCAGGGGUUCUCUUUCCUCUUCCCUUUCCUUCUUUUUUCCUUUCCUCUUCCCCUCCCCUUCUUGCGGCUGCACGCAAGCCAGCAGUUUACGGUAUGGUAUCUUGCUCCAUACCUUUACAUACAACGACACGAGAGAAAGCUUAAAAUGAUCAUUCUUGUGAANUUAUUCGCGUAUUAGGCUGGUGACUGUUCUGUUCUUGGUAACCAUUGUGUUUGAUGAGUUAAGACCAAAUGUCUCGUGUAUUCACACGAAACUGAUCAUUGCUUGUCGUGUUUGCUGCGGGAGCAAGAACAGUAAAAAUGUUUUAUUUCGCUCGAUAAUGAUAUCAUUUGAAAAAAAACGUCUCGACUUGAAAAUUUCCUGUAAACAAAGUAAUUCACUUUGGACCAUGCUGAGAAGCGCUACCUACUUCUGAUUGUUGACGUCAUCGGAUUAGUUAGGAAAUUGGCAGGUGUAAUACAAAAAGGCCAGCUCUUAUGGCAGGGGUUCUCUUUCCUCUUCCCUUUCCUUCUUUUUUCCUUUCCUCUUCCCCUCCCCUUCUUGCGGCUGCACGCAAGCCAGCAGUUUACGGUAUGGUAUCUUGCUCCAUACCUUUACAUACAACGACACGAGAGAAAGCUUAAAAUGAUCAUUCUUGUGAAUUUCAAAAUAAGGGUGCUGUUCUAUGUACCCAUGCUUUUUUUAAUGAAGAUACAAUAGAAGGAUUGAUACCUUGUACAUUUCCAUAAUCUACACUUACGCAGAUUGGAUGAGGGACACGUUACUUAACAGUACUGUCAAAGUAGAUAGCUCACAUUCUUUUCCGGUCGUUAUUUGUUCUUCUGAAAACAUUUCAUUUUGUCGUUUGCUUGGAUUGACGUAAAUCGGAUGUCAGACAAUUGCAUACAGGCAACAAACACGAGGCAACUUUAAUUAUUGUCAUCACUUCUGUAGUUCGUGCAAGUUGAUGUUACGCGAGAUCUGUUAGAUAUAUUUCUCCAACCCUUUUUUAUUAGUCCUAUGGCUCCUAUAAUUACUGGAAUUUUUGUGGCCGUCAUUCUCUCAUUUGUUCAUUCUCUAUUUUAAGGUCUUUAUAGACAUAUCAGAGAGCAGGCAGCUCAUAGUCAUCAUCACUAUCAUCAUCAUCAUUAUUAUUAUUAUUAUGAUUAAAUAUUAUUAUUGGUAACGUAUUUUCUUUAUCUUUAAUCGGUUAGUUGGCAAUUAGCAUAGGCUAAUCGUGGCAAUGGGAUUGAAUUUUGAUCGCUAACCGGCUGAUACAGUACUCAACUGGUUAACUAGACAUCUCUUUAUAUUACUAUUAUAUUAAUGUGUAGGAGAUUGUUGGUCUGGAAGGAACGCUGCUGAUACUUACAACGAUUUUGGACCUUCUGAACGGUGUCUUAACACCCUUCAGCAGCCGUGUGAUGCCAACAGUGUAGGUGAUUGUGCUGGUGAUCAAAGCUCCAAUUACGUCUAUCGCAUUAUACUUACAGAAGGUCAGUCAAAUGAACAGUGAAAGUUGCGUUCAAGUUUUGAUGAGCCAUAGUGUAAAGGUUUGAGUAAAAUGGCGAUAUUACUAGUAGGGUUUAAAAGAGAACUGAAAAAAUACAAAGACAUGCAUAGUGGGUAAAGCUGGGUAAACAGAAAAUGUAAACCAACCAUCAUCUCUCCAGGCUUGGCAAAUUUUCUCUCCCCCCACCCUUUUAUCUACAGUUUCUCUUUUUUUGUUAAUAAUUCUGUUGAUGCUGUACCUGAUUCCUAAAGGUAGCCCCAAAGUAGCACCAUUAUUCAUUUUUAUCAAAAAAAGUUAUCCUUUACAGUAUAAUUGAUUUUGAUAUGUAUGGUUGUCUCAUUUAUUGGUCUACUCUGAUUUCAGCUCAGACGGAUAAAGCACCUGGUCCGUUAUAUUCCAAGGACAGUCAGCAAGGAAAGUUGUACGGUAAGGUACCCUCCUGCACUGCAUUGAUUAACGUUCUAUUUCAUAUUACUAGCAUAAGUCAACAUGUCUGCGUUCUAGAGAGAGUUGAAGGGAAUUGUUAACCAGGCCUGGUUACCAUUGCUAUUAUACCAUGCAUUACUGACAAUGCCCACACAAAAACUAAGAAAAACUUUGUAAUCUGGAAACAAAUAAAAGAAAACAGAAAUGCAGUACUGUUUCAUUUUUCAUAAAAAAACUGUGUCCGGCCGAAUCUUUAAAAGUGCCCAUAACUUAUUUAUUUUUUAAAAUUAUAAUUGAAAGUACACAAUACUAGAAAAACUCUGCGAAUAGAAUUGUUUAGAAAAGUCCAAAUUUACAGCCAUUUGGCUCUUCAUCCGCCAUUUUGGCCCUUCUUUCGCAAACCUCUCGAAAACAAAGAAACUUUGACGUAGAUUAAGGAACCAAGAGGCAAAUUAAGGAACGCUUGACUUAAUAUACGAGUAAACAAGUGUGGAGAAAGAAAGGUAAACUAUGCUAGGAAGAUGCGUUUGCUGAAUUUGCUUCUCAUGACGUCACAUAUGAGCCAGUUACUUUCGUGAUCAGUAGAAUGGGUGUGCCGAAGUAAUAUAAACGUUAAAAAUUUCUGAAAAUAUAUUAUUUUCUUCAAAACUCAAAACUUUUUUGCAUUAUAAGUAACUGAAUUUCUGCCUGUGAAGUAUUUCUUUUUCCCUUUUCUUCAGAUAAUUGUCCCGUGGAUUUCAUAAAGAGAGGUUGUUACAAUAAUUUACUAAAUGCGAGACCUUUACCACAACCUCUGUUCACUGAUCUCGAUGAAAGCAGUCCCGAUUUUAGUGGUUUUGCCAUAAACUGGGGAAACUGGGAUAGCCAUUUGGAUGAUAUGGUUUGUCGUUGUGCACAGCUUUCAAAAGGAAAGGGAUUCGGUAAUUUUGGAAUAGCUAACUUCGGUGAGUAUCGCGACGUACUGUGUUUCCCUGUCAUUUUAAUCUCCUUAAAAAUGGUCAUUUAUGGCCUUUUUUUACAUUAUCGCAGGUGAAUGCUGGUCAGGAGGACGAGCCGAUAGACCGUACGAUGAAUACGAUCCAUCUGAAUUCUGUAUCACUAAAGAAUUCGCCUUGUGUGAUGCAAAUGAUCAGAAUGCAUGUGGUGGAAAUAAAACAACUACUUUUGUUUACAGCAUUAAAGAGAAGCUCGAGACACAUCAAGGUAAAAGAUAUUAAAAGUGUUCCUUCUACUGAGACACUGGACGAAUCAUACGCAGUAGCAGAUCAUCUAAUCACNGUAUCACUAAAGAAUUCGCCUUGUGUGAUGCAAAUGAUCAGAAUGCAUGUGGUGGAAAUAAAACAACUACUUUUGUUUACAGCAUUAAAGAGAAGCUCGAGACACAUCAAGGUAAAAGAUAUUAAAAGUGUUCCUUCUACUGAGACACUGGACGAAUCAUACGCAGUAGCAGAUCAUCUAAUCACUUGAACUUUGCCUCGGUAUGAAACAACUAACAUGACACAAUUGAAAAGAUCAACGUAAAAAGUCAAUUGUCAUGUAGACUUUAAAUUCUGAUUAACUAAAUGUAUUUGUUUUUGUUUGGCAGGGAGGACUUGUUUCACCCACUUCGAAAAUAUGGGUUGCUACGCUGAUAAGCAACUUUCUCUGCGCCCAUUGCCUGACCUCAUAUUUACGGAUAUGGAAGAGCUUUCUCCAAAGUCCAGUGGAAAGGAGGCAAAACUUGGUGAACUCGACAUGUAUCUUAGUGAUGUGUUAUGCAGGUGCGCCGAGCAAGCACAGCAGCUUGGCUAUAAAUACUUUGGAGUCCAAAACCACGGUAAGGCCGUUUAUAUAGUACGAUUCCGAUGUAAAAAGAAAGGAUAGUGACAUUUUUAUUUUAAGGUGUUAGGCAAGAACAUUUUAUAGAAAAAGCUUAGUUUAUUCUAUUGUUUUGAAAAUCUGCCUGACGAAGGGAGAUGGUUUCAACAUCCUGAAAAAAAAUUGAGAGUUUUGGAUAUAAUCAGAUAAAUGGCAGCUUUUUAAUUCCAACGUAGCCCCAACUAGUAAGACUAUAAUUAACGUUAGUUUUUUGUUAUUAAAUUUAAAAGGCGAGUGCUACAGUGGGCCAAGUACCCAGAUGGACUAUAGCAGGGAUGGGCCAUCCAAUCAGUGCAUUACAAGAGACUUCAAUGAGUGUCCAGCAAAGGAAAAUCAGGACGAUUGCGUUGGAGCUCAAGGUGCUAAUUACGUCUACCGAAUUAUUGGUCUAGGGGAAGAGCAGGAAAUGGAACGAAAAGAUUCUAGGAACUUUCGUCUUAGAAAACAUCCAGUGGCAGACAAGAACGGAGGUUGA